GGCCCCACCGGAGUCGCACACGCGCGCGCGCGUCGUCAAACCGCGGUGACUCUCCUCUCUCUCUCGUCGUCCGAAAGAGAUUUUUUUCCCACCGCGAGAUCAUUUCGGGGUCGCUGAACCCGGGCUGUCUUUCUUUUUCGCGAGCGCGUUAACUUGGCUCGGUACGGAGCUCGUUGCGAGACGCGAAAAGCGAGGAUGAAACCGCCGGGAUCGUAAGGUCGAGCGUCGAGCCGAAGAAGAAGAGGCGAUGGAGAGACGCGAGAGAGCGAUAUGGAUGACAUGAGGUGAAGAAGAGACGAAAAAGAGAAAAAAAAAAAAACGCGCGUCGACCUAGAGGUGGUAAUUUAAAUGGAUCGACGCGCCGAUUUCGCGAGACGAGACUGAAGAGCGGAAGGGGGCGGCGGGGGGGAGGGGGAUUCCACGUUGAUGGAACAUUAGAGGGAUCCCGGCGAAAAGAUGCGGGGUAGUCCUGCCUUCCUCGCCAUCCUCCUGGGCACGAUAUUCGGCGUCCUCGGCGCGUCCCUAAGCAAGGCGCUCAGGUAUAAGGCACCGGACGAGUGCAAGUGGAUCACGACCGGCGACGCCGAGAACGACGUCUCCCUGGUGUGUCGUCUACGCACCAUCAACAGCGAGCUGGAGAACACCAACUUCAGCGUGAUACAGCCGCAGCACACGGUGCGUCUGCGUCUGGAAUGCAGCGACGCGCUCUUCUACCAGAGCUCGCUCAGCGCCGGCAGCUUUCGGCCGCUGGUCGAGCUGCGCGAGCUCGUGAUCGAGUACUGCAAAAUCGGUAAUUUGUCGGACGACGCGUUCAAGGGACUCAGGGAGCUGCGAAAUCUCACCGUGAGGACCCACAACACCGAUUGGUCGGCAAUGGCGCUCGACAUCUCCGCCGGGGCCUUCACCGACGAGCUUCGCCAGCUGGAGAAGCUCGAUCUCGGGGAGAACAACAUGUGGAGCAUACCGGAGGGCGGCCUCUGUCCGUUGGUCAACCUGGAGAUUCUGAAUCUGACGAGGAACCGGCUCAGGGAUAUCGCGGGCUUUCGCUUCAACGCCGCGGCAAGAUGCCUGACGAAUCUCAGGGAGCUGGAUCUCAGCAACAACAGCGUCGAGUCACUGCCGAGUGGGGCGUUCUCCGGUCUAACGAGGCUGCACAGCCUGGAUCUGCGGUGCAACGCCAUCGGUUUCAUGGCGGAUCGCGCGUUCGAGGGUCUCUCCUCGCUGGCCAUCUUGCGACUCGCCGACAACCGUCUAUCUAGUUUGCCACCCGAGUUGUUCGGCGACGCUAGGGAUAUACAGGAGAUCCAUCUGCGUAACAACACGUUAAGCGUCUUACCGCCGGGAUUAUUCAGCGAAUUGACGCAAUUACUGGUGUUGGAUCUUUCGCAUAACGAGCUGACGGCCGAAUGGGUGAACGCGGCCACCUUCAGUCGUUUGGUGCGUCUAGUGGUGCUAGAUCUCUCGAGCAAUCGCAUCGCGCGAUUGGAUCCGACCGUCUUUCGCGAUCUGUACAGCCUGCAGAUUCUGCGACUGCAGGAGAAUCUGCUGGAGAGUCUGCCGGAGAACACGUUCUCGGCGCUCUUCAAUUUGCACACGUUGUUGCUCAGCGACAAUCGGCUGACCGUCGUAGACGCGACCACGUUAAGCGGUCUCUAUGUGCUCAGCCUCCUCUCGCUGGAUAACAACCGGCUGCACACGAUACACCCGAGCUCCCUGAGAAACGCUUCGUCCCUGCAGGACUUUCAUCUUAACGGUAACCGGCUGACAUCGGUGCCGGACGCGCUGAAGGCCACUCCCCUCCUGCGCACUCUCGACCUCGGGGAGAACCUCAUCUCCGAGAUACCGAGCGGCACCUUCGAUCACGUGGCGCAGUUAUACGGGCUUCGAUUAACCGAAAAUCAUAUCGGCAAUCUCACCAAGGGUGUUUUCGAUCGUAUCAAGGAGCUGAAGAUCCUGAACCUCUCGCGUAACCGAAUACAGUACAUCGAACCCGGGACCUUCGACGAGAAUCUCAAUCUGCAGGCGAUACGGCUCGACGGCAAUCAACUGAUCGACAUCACCGGACUCUUCACCAAGCUGCCGAAUCUCGUCUGGCUGAACGUAAGCGACAACAAGCUCAAGUGGUUCGACUACGCCAUGAUACCGACGGGGCUGCAGUGGCUCGACAUACACUCUAACGAGAUCCGGGAGCUCGGUAACUACUUCGAGAUCGAGACGCAGCUGCAGCUGAGUACCUUCGAUGCGAGCGAGAACAAACUCACCGAGAUCACCGGCAACGCGAUUCCUAUGAGCAUCGAACUGUUGUUCCUCAACGACAAUCUCAUCUCCAAAGUGCAGAGUUACUCCUUCUUCAAGAAGCCUAAUCUCACCCGGGUAGACCUCAAGGGCAAUCAGAUCCGGAAUCUCGAACCUUACGCGUUGCGCAUCAGCGCGGUACCACCUGACAGACCCUUACCGGAGUUCUACAUCGGAGACAAUCAGUACCUCUGCGACUGUACGAUGGAGUGGCUGCAACGAGUGAAUCGACAGAACCAGACGCGAGUGCAGCCGCGAGUGAUGGACCUCGAGAGCAUCUACUGCAAGUUGCUCUAUGAUCGAGAGCACACUUUCGUGCCGUUAGUGGAAGCGUCGCACUCGCAGUUCCUCUGCAAGUACGACGCUCACUGCUUCGCCCUGUGCCACUGCUGUGACUUCGACGCGUGCGACUGCGAGAUGACGUGUCCGAACAACUGCACGUGCUAUCACGAUCAGUCGUGGUCGGCCAACGUAGUCGACUGCUCGAACGGGGGUCACGCGAAUCGGUUGCCCGAGCAAAUACCGAUGGACGCUACACGACUCUAUCUGGACGGCAACGAUCUUCGGGUCGUGUCGAGCCACGCCUUCAUCGGCCGCAAGAAGCUGAAAGUCCUGUUCCUCAACUCGUCCAACAUCGAGAUCGUGCAGAACCGAUCGUUCAACGGGCUGCGCGACCUGGACGAUCUGCACCUGCAGGACAACCGGAUACGCGAGCUACGGGGACACGAGUUCGAGGGACUCGACGCUCUGCGGCAGCUGCACCUGCAACGCAACCGCAUCAUCGCGAUCGGCAACGACACGUUCGCGUCGCUGCGCUCUCUGAGAAUUCUGCAGCUGCAGAACAACCGUCUGACGAAUCUGGCCCUGUGGUCGCUGCCGGACGCGAUCGAGCUCAACCUGGCUGGGAAUCCCUGGUCCUGCGAGUGCGACUACCUUCGGAGUUAUCGCGAGUGGAGCCGCGAUUCUGGGGUCCGCGUCGCGGACGCGUCGACGUUGCGUUGCGUGUACAACGUCACGGAAUUCGAGGCGUUCGGCGACGAGGUGUUUGCGGACGAGGAGUUUGGUUUCUCGAUAAGCGGGAACGAGUUUGGGGUGAACGGCAACGAAAGCGUUUGCACGGACGCGAUUAACCUCGACGAUGACGGACACGGAAAUUACACCAAGACCAUCAUCGAGAGACAGAUACUCCAGGACUACCUGCCGCUGCUGGUGGCGACCUUGGCCAGUUCCCUGGUCGUGAUACUCUUGUGCAUGCUGGGCUUUGUGUACCGUCACGAGCUGCGCGUGUGGUUCCACUCGCGUUUCGGGGUGCGAAUAUUCUAUCGGACCCAGGAGUUCGACCGGGACGAUCGGGACAAACUGUUCGACGCGUUCGUGAGCUACAGCUCCAAGGACGAGGCGUUCGUCGCCGAGGAGCUGGCUCCGGUUCUCGAAAUGGGUAAUCCGUCCUACAAAUUGUGCUUACACUAUCGGGACUUUCCAGUUGGGAGUUUCAUUGCCGACACGAUCGUGCAGGCGGUGGAGUCGUCGCGUCGCACGAUAAUGGUGCUCUCGGAGAACUUUAUCAAGUCCGAGUGGUGUCGCUUCGACUUCAAGUCGGCGCAUCAUCAAGUACUGAGGGACAGAAGACGCCGGCUGAUCCUCGUCCUGGUAGGCGACGUCCAUCAGCGGGAUCUCGACCCGGACAUACGACUGUACUUAAAGACCAACACUUAUCUACAGUGGGGCGACAAGCUCUUCUGGGAGAAGCUGCGAUUCGCGUUGCCGGAUGUACCUAACAAUCAACGAACAACCCAGCAGAGGACGAGGCAGCCGCCGCCGGUUCGACGGCAGCACAACAGGACGUCCAACGGAUCGCGCACCGUCUCCGUCCAUAUAUGAUCCAGUCCGUGUGUAUAUGCGUGUGUGUGUGUGUGUGUGUGUGUCAAGUGAGUCAGUCAUUCGAGUGUCGAGCGAACAACGAGCGGUAGAGUGACACGUGUGAGGAGACGACGAGCCCACGCUCGAGGAUCUUUGCAUUCGAGACGCAUUCAGACGGUGCAAUAUGACGGUAUUGUGGUGUGUGUAAAUAGAAGGAAAAAGAAAAACGGAGGGUCUGUAUGUAUAAAUGAAGCGUGCCACGUGUACAUAGAUGGUGUGUGAUAAGAGCGACGAGGUAUAUCUCUCAGAAAUGUGCGUAAACCAGGUGUGCUACACGUAAAAUCUGUAAAUUGCUGUCGAGGGAGGGGGAUAUAAUUGAAACGAAAUCGCGGUGUAAAUAGAAAUGUCGCGAAUUACGAGCAAACUGAGAUCGUUACUCGGCUCUCACGUGCGACGAUUACGAUUGAGUGCGAUCAUAUGGAUGUAUGUGUGCAUUGAGAGAAUUUUCUCUUAGAAUUUACUCUAGAAAUCAUAGUAAUCGUG